AUUAGGAUUUACAAGUGAAUGACAAUUAUACCCCUAUAACUCUAGAAAUUAUUACCGUUUUAUCCCUAAUUCUGUCCUAUAAAUAUAUGACUUUGGUUAUUAAUGAAACACACAUAAAUCUAUUGACUUCUCUUUAUUCUCUUCUCUUUUCACAACACUAAUACAUUUGUUAUAUGUACCAUUACUAUAAGUUGAUAAAAUAUACGUCUGCCUCCAUAUUCCCUGUAUGUCACGGUAGAGAUAGUAGUGACCUACAUUUUGGGUAUUUGUAAGAGCAGUUUCAAGGGAUUUGCUUUUGACCAUUGAAUUUUGAACCUUGGAGGUUUCCCAUGUGAGGAAAAUGUUGGCAUUUGGUCCUACAUGAUAAUAUUCAAGAUGGAACUCUAGAAGACAUUGACAAAAUUUAUCAAAGUGUUGAAUCUUGUUCCCUGAAUUUUGGCAUCUUGUUUAGAGGUGUCAAAAAGAAUCGAAUAGCUAGAAAACCCCACCCAACCGUGCUCCAGCCGGUAGCCAUACUCUUGGCUGUGUUGGUCGUGCAUCGGUGCAUGCCCACCCAGCUCGGCACAAGAUAUUCACUUCAACUCGUCAAAAAAUAUAGGACGCAUCAUCAACAUGACACAUCCAUCCCAAAACAUCCAAACUAUUUCCCAUUACUCACAAACUUAAAAAUUUAGGCAACAUCAAGUCUCCACCCGAAAUAUUCAUUUUUUUUUUCUGGAAUUCAUUUGUCCUUUCUAUAUUUAAGUUAGAUAUUUUAGUCUCUUAUAGUAUGUGUCUGAAUCUAUAUUGCCUGUAUUUAUAGGUUACAUCAUCAUCAUUAUUAUUAUUUUUUCAAUUUAUUAUAGAGAUAAAUUUCGUUACAUUUUUUUUCGUACAUAAAUUUAGUUCUGAUAAGUUCUAAGCACACAUAAACAACUUCCAUAGUAAUCCUCCUUGCCAUAAAAUAAACUCGUUUAUAAAACAAAAAGUGAUUCCAGUAGUAGAAGAAAAUAAAAACAAAAGAUGCCAAAUGCUAAAAUAAUGUCAGGUCAAUAAACUAUAGGACACUUGCUCAUCACAUGCCUCAUUAACUCGUGCACGCCAGAAAAAUCAACUAAGCUCCUGGUUUUCAGCAGUCUUUAAGAACCAAGACUAUUGUGUUCGUAUUUUGUUAAAAAAUUACUAAUAAUUUUCUUUCUUUAUCCAAUUAAAAUCAAACUUCAAUUUCCAUCAAAUAUUCAUAAUCACUGUACAUUUGUUAUCCACACAUUUCGUGAACCCACUACUAUUCAUCUUCAAAGGUUAUUUAUAACUUUAGAUGAACAAAGAGGAUGGAGAGAGAGAGAGGGGGGAUGAAGAGUGGUAGAAAAGUUUGUGUAGUUUACUAUCUCUGUAGAAAUGGGCAGCUUGAGCAUCCUCAUUUCAUGGAGGUUUCACUCUCUUCUCCAGAUGGUCUUUAUCUUAGAGAUGUGAUAAGCAGAUUGUAUUUACUCAGAGGAAAGAACAUGGCUUACAUGUAUUCCUGGUCUUCAAAACGAAGCUACAAGAAUGGAUAUGUAUGGCAUGACUUAUCUGAAGACGACAUGUUACAACCCACUAAUGGUAACGACUACAUUCUGAAAGGAUCCGAGCUUCAUCAAAGCUCUUCCACAUUGCAGUCAAAAGCCCUGAGUUCAAUCUCCGUUUCUGCAAAAAGGAAGAAAAAUCAGUCAUGGAGCUCAUUUGAAAACCCUCAAGAGCAGGACAACUAUAAUUACAGGGUAAUCUAUAAAUCUGAAUCUAGCCGAGAACUUGGUAGGAAGUUUGAUGCUGCAACACAGACGGAGGACACAACAGGGAGAAGGAGGAGAAGCACAAACAUGAAACAAGUGGAGGAGAAAAAGACUGUAGAGACGAUCAGCUCAAACAGUUUGAACUAUGAAAAUGGAAACAGAGAAUAUCAAAGUGCUGAUAAUGGAAAAAUGAAGGCUUCUCAAGUUUUUAUGAAGUUGAUUACUUGUGGAUCAUCUUUCACUAUUAGUAGACACAUAUAACAAUGAUACUUGAAAUAAUAUAUAGAGUUGCCUCCUACAAAUGCAUGUCCUCAACUUAAUACCAAAAUCAUUAUCUUCUAGUCUUAUGUAUGACUUUAACAUUGAGUUUGUCUUAAAGAGUUUCCUACCACUACUGAUGGUCCCUGUGUUGCUUCAA